AUGAGCGGACUGGUGAAACAGAAGGAGUACGACUGGAAACACUCAAAUAUUGCAAAUAUUGGAAGCAACCAAGACAUACUGGUAAGUUCGUAUUUUUUGAAAUCAGACGUCAUUAAAGGUACCGGUCAAGUGUUCUGCAUUUUGGUGAAUGUUUUGCGAGCGUGGUACAAAAAAAGACAUUUUUUUAGGCGAGAAAGAAUGCUGCCUUGUCCGAGCCAGCCUGGAGCGAAACAAAGAAAAUGCAAGAGAAUGGACUGAAAAUUUGGAGGAUCGAAAAGUUUGAGGUAAAAACGUUGUUUGAUUUAUUUUGAAACACCUGUCAAAUGCAAAGAGAUAAACUUGAUAGGGGGCCUGACCUCGAAUGCGAUGAGCCCUUUUAAAGGAUGGUUGUGUCAUCCUUUGUACGGGCGAAGAUAUUUUCUAAUGAAUAAUCUGACUUUGUGCAGCAAACAAAAAAAUUAUUUUAAACUUAUUUGAUCAGUAGAACGAUUAAUAUUAAUGGAAUAUGGAGAUAUUUGCACGAUAAAAAGUUCUGCAUGGGUUGGCGUCCUAAAGCUUUUUUUCUUGACGCAAGGACAUGUGACACAGAAUACUUAAAAACAAUUCAUGGCGAUAAAUUCCAAACUAAGACAAUGAAAGACAUGAAACAAAAACUUCACAGAUUGGGGAAGCAUUUCCUCUGUCAAAGUUUAAGACAUGUUUCUGCUCUUGACUUUGGCGAUAUAGCUCUAAAUUCACACUAACUGCAUGCAGGCAAACUUAAAACGUCAUCUUUUCUUAAUAGUUCGUACACUCAUUCAUUAGUUCUUGGCCCGUUUUGACAAAAAAAAAUAGAGCUUUCACGUUUCUGGUUCACUAUCGCUCUUUAAAUCUUAAAAAAGGUUAUAAUAUAAACACAAUGUUACAAUUUUGUGGUCUUGACGAAAAUAAAGGCUAACUCAGGGCGGGUUGUAGGCUAGGCAGGUAAUCAAGCCUAUUUGGGGUGUUAAAUCUCGCAUAAACUCUGUCUGAAAACUCCUGAAUUUAAUUGAGCGGUUUGCGCUGUGACCAUAGCAUUUCGCCGAAUCUGUUGUCGUUAGAUUUUUUACUGCUUUUUUACUAGGUGAGAGAAUGGCCUGAGGAAAAAUACGGAACAUUCUUCAGUGGUGACUCAUACAUCAUUCUUCACACGGAGGAAGCAUCUCCAGAUUCAGAUGUUUGUAUAUGUUUUCAGUUCACUUUUUUAGAGUUAUUAGUCUCUCUGUAUAAGCUCAUAGGUAAGAUAAUUAUUGCGGUCAAAAUGGAUACUAAUGAUACAAACGCCAGCCCGUGAUUUAUCUUGGAAGGCGUUGAAUGUGGCUAAAUUUGAAUUCAAUAUGAAACUCAAAGGUCCUGUAUUCGUUGUUACCCAUUGCUCGCAUUUAGAAAAGUCGAGUAGUGAUUGACAGAUUGACUGGUUUUGACUGUGUUUGUUUUGUUUUGUAUUUUUCUUGCUAUUUACACUCAUAAAGUAAUUGUAAGCAGCUACAGAACGCAAGCACCGGGAUAGUAUCACCUAGAAACUCUAUUAACCCCCCUGUCUAGGCCCGAAGAUUAAAGGUUUUUGUAAGCAGCCCCUCCGCCCCUGUAAUACCGACAUGAGAUAUUAGACGGAAAGCACGUGACAAGGAAAUAAAUUCAGCUUAUGGCAGUUCUUAUUUCGACCUUAUAUGAUAGGCGGGCGCCAUGUUGGACAAUGUAACGAGCCUUUUAGAAAAUGAGUCCAUGUAUCACAUUUAUUUCGUAUUACGGUAAAACAACUUUGCGCUGAAUUUUUCGGGUAUAAUAGUUUUGUUUAAUCUUAAUUUUCGGCAUCUGAAACCUUUUAACGUUUCUGCAAGAACGGAGGAUCCGGCAAUGCUUACUGAACACAAUAAGAAAUCAAGCCAUGCCAAUAAUGUUAAAUAUUAAUUAACAUUCAGUAAUUUACAAUACAUUUGUCUUGAAGGUGAUAUUUUAUGAUGUCCACUUCUGGAUUGGAAAACAUUCUACACAGGAUGAGUACACAACUGCUGCGUACAAAACUGUCGAACUUGACGCCUAUGUAAGGAAAGACCGGAAUGCAUACGUAGCUUUAAAAUGCGUCUUUGUAUUCCGCUAUAACUAAUGGUUCGAAUGAAACAACAAGGAAAAAUCCUAUCGCCUAAUUCAAUUGGAAGCAACUAAACGGAAAAUUGAUCGCGACUUUUGAAACAAGUGAUUUCCCUCCAUUCCUAUCAGUUUUCCAGGCGGACCGCCACCUGGUUAGCCUAGUUUGAUGUGCGCUGGUCUGCCGAGCGCGAGGCCGCUGGCUCAAACCCCGGUCGGACCGAGACUCUUCUAGCCCUUCUAGCCCCGUCUUCUAUCCCUUGAACAUAUAACAAAUUCCAUGGGACGCUAAAGAACCCACUCACUGUUCGCAGAGAGUAGAGGAUGUACUAGUCCACAAUGUGGACUUUAUCGAUUUAACAUUCACAUUAGGAACCUGCAUUCAUAAUUCAUUACUUCAUUGACAGUAAACUGCAGCAAGCAGCACCAAACCAUUUCAGUAAAUUAACCCAGAAAAGCCCUGAGGCGGGUGGAUGGUAGGAUAUUUACAAUUUCCACACGUCUAGGGCGCAUUGGUUACACAUUUUUCCCGCGCCUGGCGAGAGCUAUAUGUUUUUCCGCCAUGUGGCUUGGGAUACUUAAUUUUUCCUCGCUUAGCGCGGAAAAGUCAUUACCCACGUUUUACGAUACCUGUAUACUGCGUAAAACAGCGUCUACUUUCAAGAAAUGAGGGCAUUUUUAUAGAGAGUAAGAGAGAUAGCAAGAGCCAUCAUGGCUCUUGGUGAUAGGAAAUAGCAGUAUGAAUGUUAAUCCUGAGCUUAUUGUUCUAAGUAACGCAUUAGCAUGGUCGGCAUUCUAACCGGCUUCCUCCUAAGUGUACCUCGUGGCACAACUAUUAUUUUGAUACCUUGACUGAUGAAAUGAAGACCUUCUCUGUUCAAUAUUCAUGAAAUGUUUCCCUUCCAUCUCUACAGUUGGACGAUAAAGCGGUCCAGCACCGUGAAGUUGAAGCCUUCGAGUCUGAGGCAUUCAAGGAAUACUUUGUCGCUUUGGGAGGAAUCAAAAUAGAAGAAGGCGGGUGAGUUAAAUCAAGAAAAAAUGAACAUUAAACUUGCAUGAGAAUAAAAUCGUUUUUAAUACGCAAAAUUUAUUGUGAGAGGCGUCCCAUGUAAGGUACUCCAAGACAGUCUUGGAUUCUGGAUUCUUGUCAGUGGAACUGUGGAACUUGGAUUCCGGAUUCCAAUCGUUAGCGGGAUUCCAGACUACAGAUUGCUGAAUUCCGGAUUCCAAAGCCCAGGAUUCCACAUCCUUCAAGCAAAAAUUUCCUUACAUGGGACAGGUGAGAGAGCGCGCACCACAUCUGGCGAAUUUUUACAACAAAAAGAAGCUUGAAGUUUUGUGAAUCGGAGUCCCUCCCAAGAUUAGAUCCAAGGCCAUCCUAAGGUCACCAUCAUUCACAGCCCUUAAGCUAACAAAACUUUCAAGCGCCAGGGCGCCAAGAAUGUCGAUCAAAUUUCGAACUCUUGCCUCAGUUUUAAUAGCAUUCUGACUCAUUGAACCACGCCAUACAUGUAUUACAGACGUGGGAGACGAAAGCACACUAGCGCGUGAAAAUGUAUUUUCCGCUGGUAUGUUACAAUACUCUACAGGCCUUUCUGCCACCUUCUCACUGGUUCCUCUACACCAUAAAUUCGUCCGCGUAGAAUGUGUUCUUUCUCUCUCUCGCAUUUCUCUUUCACUCUCUCACUUGGUUGGAAUGCCUGAGCAUCAAACCAUCAAAUAGCGUUGUUUGUUUUGUAGGUGUUACAUUUAAAAGGAAAAUAAUUUACGUUCGUUUGAGCGAAGCGAAUUAGAACGUAAUCGUCUUGUGGUCUGAAUUAAACUUGUGAAAAUAAUGCCGGAUAAAAACCCUUUUAUCCUUAUUGGAUGGUAUAUCCUAACUAAAACCAACAAACAACAAAAACGGCCCGUCAUAUGACCACCAUACCUGGAGUAAGUAUAAUUUCGCAUCCAGAUUUCACACCAACAAUCAGAUAUAGUUUUGAUACUCUCACCGCAGCAAUAUCAUCCUUCUGUAGACAAAGGGGAUAAAAUGGGAUUAGCGAACACAAUUCCGGGUAAAACAUUGCAACUGACUAGUAUUCCAUACACUCAUUAGCUAUAAUUAGUGGUAGCGCUGUGGAAGCUUUGCUCUGACUUGUCAGCCUUAACCUGUUUAGUAGGUGUCGGUUUUUAAGGACGAAAGAAAGAAAUUAUGAGGAAGCGCGCGCACACGAGGGAAGAAAAGGAAAAAAGGCGUGUUCUCUCUUGCGCUCUAUAAAAAAAAUAAUAACCAAAAACACUGACAGGCGCCCACCACCAUAGUUAAUAAAGUGGAAAUGUUAUGAAGCCGGACAGACUUCUUUGUUAGAUGUUUUUUGGACCUGACUGUGCACAACGUUCAAUAGCCUAUCAUUUUGAGCUUACUGACCAAUAGAAACAUCGCAUUAAUAAAUUCAUUCACAAUUUGUGAACAAAAAACAAAGGAUUGCGCACGGUCAGGGAGCUUCCAACAUAAACUGCAACACCGUUAAUUUCAUCUUUGAUAUUUGCCGGCUUUCCUAACAAGUCUCCUCUACCAACUAUGCUGCCGCGCAGGAUGCCUCUGUAAAAUUGAGUCUAAGAUAUUAGACAACUGCAGCAAACCUGCUUCCAUGAAUUUGAAUCGUAGUAAUAAGAAAUAUUGUGGAAUUCAGUAGAGUGGAAAUCCUGUUGUAUACUGUGUGUUUCUCUCCCUAAACAGCAGUUCUUAUGUGGGCAACAGUGAGACAAUACUGAUGCCCCCAUUUGACGAAUAAAACGACGCAAAAGGGGAAGUUUCGUCGAUCACUUAACAAAACUUGAUAAAAGGUGUCUUUAUAAUUUGAACAGAAUUGAAUCCGGAUUUCGACACGUAGACUCUACCAAGCAAGAUACUUUGAUAGUUCAUUUCAAAAAGUUAUGGAACGAGGAGUAUAAGAGGUACACUUAUGAAGCCAUGUCCUCCCUGGACCCUAGACAUCUGUUUUGUGACGAUGGAUUUUUGGUGAUUUUUUCUGGCGAAGAUCGCAUUAUCCAGGUAACCUUCUACUGAGGGAGUUAAAGGGCCAAAUUUAAAGCAAAAGCAGGAUAAUUUACGUGGCUAGUAUGUAAUGAAGUACAGAGAAAGUCUAAAAUCUAUCAAGCGGCCGCAAUAGAGGAAGGGAUAAGUGCCUGGGGGGGGGGGGGGGGGUUGUGCCUUGGAAUUUUUUGGGGGGGGUUGUCCUCCGGGACCCGGGAUAGCGUAUCUGUCACACAGGCCUGCCCGCAUUGUUUUAUCAACCCUUUUAAAGGGGGGGGGGGGUUGUACCUUAGGAAUUUCUUGGUGGGGAUUUGCCGCUGGGACCCUGGAAGCGUUACCCUAUACCAGAGCUAGUUCAGCUGUAUUUUACAACCCUAUACUAGAGUAAACUCCUCAAAUCCCCCCUAUCCUAGAGUAGAUGUUUCCCUAGUCUACAUAAAAUCUUCAACUGAUUAGUUUCCUGAAAAAUGAUACCCUAUUCUAGACAAAAACGCUGAUUUAUAUACCCUAUCCUAGCGUAAACUGCUUGAAAACCAGAAAACCAUACCCUUCACAGCGGCACAUACCUAUAUAGCCCAUAUAUGGCAGUACCUCCCUCCCCGCCGGGAUAAGUGGCAGCGUUUCAUAUAGUUUCUAUUCACCAGGGCCGGGUUGUUCAAAGCAGGGUUAAGAUAACCCAGGGUUAGUGCGAAUUUUAAAUUCAGAUAUAAAAGCUUAAAAAGCAAAUUCAGUUUAAUUCUUUUAGUCUGCAAUUAGGUUAUUGGAUGCCCAAAAAGAAUAGAAAAAUUAUCUAAGAAAAUGCUUUAAACAAAAGAAAAAGAAUCCCGGAUUAAGAUUUAACUCUGGGUUAGCGCUAAUCGACCUUCCAACAACUAGGCCCAGUAAUUUACAAACCACUUUUUUCGUCCGGUAACCAUGGUAACUGGCCACUACAUAAAGGAUGGCCGCUUAAUAGGAGACCGCUUAGUAGAGGUUCGAAUGUAGUCCGCCACAAAUGCCAGCGGACGAACUCUUAAAUAUUUCCAUACUCAAUCGACAGUCUACCCAAUCAUCAUUACCAAUUUCGAACCACCUAGAAGGGUCAGCUUUUUCGACUGCAGUAUUACGGCAAUUGCACUAGAAACAGGCCUUGUGAGUCACGUCGUGCAUUCAAAUCUGGUACGUAUGAGGAAUAUCCCUCAACAGGAGACCUCGGCCUACACCUCAGCUUCAAAAUUUAAAUUUUCACGCAAAACAGCUCGAAAGCCACUUCCAUUUUCGUCGUAAAUUCAGGUAUGAAAUAUUGAAAGAGGGAUCACUUUCCAGGGAGCUCUUUCAACGCACAUAAUGCAUUGCCUUAAUAUUUCGCUUUCACAAGUGUGCACAAAGUAAUUCUCAGACACGACACUCAGAAAGAAAAUAAACAGCGACUGGCAUGGAUAAUUUGCUAGCCCGUAGUCGGAUUUAUGUAGUCAAAGUAAAAUAUGUUCUCGGUAAAAUGUGCAACUUUCAUUGUCCCUGUUACUCCGCAUUGUUAGGAUAACUAAAACAAUAUUUCUUUAUUGCUUUGAAGCUCCGGGGAAAAAACACUCCAAUCAGUACCAAUGUCCCGUUCAAUAACUGGAUGAGCAAGAAAAAGGUACAUCUUUAAGAAAAGUUGAUCUCCUUUUUUCUUUUUCAAUAAUUUUAAAACUGGUCAUCAUCUCCGUCUUUGUUACAGGCAGAAUACCCUAAAGCUAGGCUUGAGGUGUUUGGUAAGUCAUAUUUUAUGCUUUAGUUAGUCUUAAAUUCAUUCAAACAUUUCACUAUGAUGAUGAAAGAUACUGACCGCACAAGGAAACAGUUUAAGCAAAGAAUACUACUAAUGGAUAGGGAGGACAAAUCCUUAAAGAAGAACACCUUUAUAAAGGUUAUCAAGACUAAAUCAUUUUAUCGUUUUGAGUAUUUAAAUUCCUUUCUUUUAGACAGCGUGGAGGAGCUUGAGAACGAUCAAAUCUAUGAGGUACCUCGAACCAUCUCAUUUUGUAUGUGGUUAUUUCAAUUACUUUUGUGCCAGGAGCUUAAUGCAGCCACGUUUAAAAAUUUAAAUUGUAACGAAAAUAUGGUACGUGUUCAAAAUAGCAGCCAAUAAAAUAUUAGAACGGUGCAACUUUAAAUAAGGGGAUGGCAAGAAAUAAAUGGCACGCUUUUAUAGUAAAAAAUCCACUUAAUACAUCAAUACAGUAUUAGAGAUUCCUUCUCUUCUCUUCCAUGUAUCGGUCAGUUUUGUUUUUAAGGCAAAGCGGGAGACACUACCGUUCAACAGGCCAAUACUGUACACAAUGUACUGAUAUCAUUCUUUGUUUAUAUAUAAUGUUUUCCACCCUUUUUACUUACCACAAGAAACCUUGUUUUAACAGCUGGUUUUACUGCCCAAACUGAAAAAGGAAGAAGAAAACGUGGUAAGACGCGGUUUGAUCUACUACAGACCAGAUCUACUACACAUCUACUACUUGACCUACGAGGGUAAUUUAAGAUUGUAGCCUUGUUUUACAGUCUGAAAACAAUAGCUACACUUGUAAAUUACACUUGUACAAGUUUUAUUAAAUUGACCCUAGUACUUUUUUUUCACACCCACUUGAGCAUGUGAUCCAGUCAUCACUUUAUCACUCAAUAAACCUGACGCAUGACUACUAUCUAAUAACGUUUAAUGUGAGAUUAGGGAUGGUGUGUCUAAUGGGAAUACGAUUGAACCACUUCAAAGCAAAACCUCAUGGGUAGCAAGGGUGGCGCAGUGGUAAGGGGCAUCCGCCUCCCACCAAUGUGGCCAGGGUUCAAAUCCCAGCGUCGACGCCACACGUAUUUUGUUGUUAAUUCUCUCCAAUGCUCCCAUGAGGUAUGAGGUUUUUCUCUGGGAACUCCAGUUUUCUGCUCUCCUAAAAAGACCAACAUUGCCAAAUUCCAAUUCGAUCUGGAAAGCACGGACACGUUUAAGCGAGUUCCUAAGAGCUCCUAAGUGCUUCGUGGGUAAACAAAUUACAAUUUACAAUUUUCAUUGCGCGCAAACAAGUUUUAGUGAAGACAGGCCUUAAUAUGGGGCUCUACCGGGCGUGUGGCUGUAGCUUGUAGCACCGCAAUACUUAUAAGACGAGUGAGCAUUCAGUAUUUUAUCUGUGUAGUGGCCCUCUUUGAUUUCAAUGAAGCAGAGGAAGACUGAACACGAUUUGCUUAGGCUCCUCCAGCACAACCCAUGGGAAUUAUAGUGUUCGAUGGUCCCCAAUAAUGUUUUCGCUCAAUCCCUUGAUCCCGAUGGUUGAUUUCAGCAUUCCACAUCCUGGCAUCCCGCGAAUAUUACCAAUCCCGAAUCUCGACCCCAGUUUGUUUUAGAAUCCCGAAUCCCGGUCUCCAGAUAAGGCGAAUCCCGAAAAACCUAUUGGGACCCUCGUGUUCGGGCCACAAAACUCGCCUGCAGUACAGUCCAGAGUAUCUUAGGUAUCUUGAUAACAGGGGAAUUAACAAACUAGAACCAUGACAGUUCAUUCGUAAACGGUAUGUUACUUUCUUUUCGAAACAUUUACAUUAACAUUUUAUACGGUUAUUAUCAUUCUCAAAAGCGAUCAUAAAUAUUUACAAGGUGGAGUCAUGCAGAUUUAAAGAACAAGUGAGAAAACCACCUUUUCACGCAUAAGUAAAUCCUAUACACGUUAAGUUAAAGACUUGGGCCCGGUUACUCGAAAGAUGGUUAAGUUUAACCCAGGAUUAUUCCAAAUUAGAAGCACGGUUUUUUGCCUUAGAACAUGCAACUCGAGGUUACAAAAUACAGUGUUGAGCCUUUACUAGGAGAUACAAAAAAUGUUACCCUAAGCAAUGCAUAGGAAUGUCAAAUACAAAAACGGAACAACAUUUUAAUGCUGGAUUAACACUAAUCAGCUUUUCAGGAACCAGGCCUUGAACGUUGAAUUCAAAUAGCGGAGAAUACUAUAAGGGUGAUAAUACAUCAAACCAUGGCCAGUACAAAACUAGUAGCUUGGCGGUUUUUGCGCACUUGGAAACUUUGGACAAACUAAUGCAACAUAAUUUUCUCUUAAAAGAAAAGCAAAGAAGAGUUCCAAAGAAGGUUAAUCAGGUACGUUUUGGCAGAAACAGAACGGGAACGUCAGUUGACGACGGCGCGCGCAAAUUAAAGAACUGGCUUUACCAAUGGCAAAGCGACAAAUUGCGCACCGGAAGUCGUGUUUAGUCUUUUCUGCGCGCUUUCCCGUCGUCAAAUGACGUUCCCCUUAUUUUUACCAGCUCAGCCUAAUGAAACCAAUUCCACCAUGCAAAGGGGCAGAACCAAGUGUCCACAUCACAGAGCUGUCCGUAUUAUAGAGAGGUAUGCAUAUUAUAGAGGUGUAUGUUAUUGAAGUAGGUUAUUGAAGUAGUAGUAGUAGUAGUAGUAGUAGAGACUGAAGAAGUUCGACGUCCUUGGACCCACAACACUCUCCGUAAAGGAGAAGUGUCCGUAAUAGGGAGGUUUCUAGUAAGAAAAGUUUGAGUACACUCUGCGCUGUAUAUUUAUAAUGUUUGCUUGGUAGGUCACAGUUCUUAGGCCCUCUUAAACUGGCUUAUUUCACAUUUGGCUCUGGGUAAAUUCCUGUGGUGUGGAGAGGUAAGCAGUUUGUUAAGCUUUUUCAAGUAUUUCACAGACUGAAUCAUAUUACUUCAUACGGCUCGUAUACAGAGUCAUCACGGACAAGAACAAACUUGAAUUCAAAGUCGUAGCUACCAAUGAUGACAUCAAAGAAUCCUUACUGGACCACAGUGAUGGUAAGCUGCAUUUA